UUAACCUAAAAAUUGACAUUGACUUUUUUACCUUCCUAACAAAAGUGUUUAUGUUUAUAAGAAAUAUAAAAAAGUCAAUACUACACCGGAAAAAUAAUAGCGUAAAGUAUUAGAAUUAAUUAUGUUGCCUCUAUCGCUUUUACGAACCGCGCAAAACCAUCCUAUGCUGGUGGAAUUAAAGAAUGGGGAAACAUACAACGGACACUUAGUUAGUUGCGAUAAUUGGAUGAACAUCAACCUCAGAGAAGUGAUUUGCACAUCAAGAGACGGCGAUAAGUUCUGGCGAAUGCCGGAAUGUUAUAUACGCGGGAGUACGAUAAAAUAUCUUAGAAUUCCAGAUGAAGUUAUCGACAUGGUCAAAGAGGAAACUCAAGUGAAAGCACGAGGACGCAGCGAGAUUAACAAGGGCCGCGGUGGUCAGAACAUGAGAUCUGGACGUGGUGGCGCUAGAGGCGCUUUCGGUAACCGCGGCAGACCGGCACCAUUGGCGCGCGGUGGCGGGAACGUGGGAAGAAAUCCACAGAAUAAAAAUAAGAAAUAAACAUAGAAAUAAUGUAAUUUAUUUAAAUAAAUUAAGUAUUUUUUAUAAGUCAA